AUGACAAAGCACUGGGGGGGUCAGAGCUUGCUGGCACCACCGCUCUCCUACCUGCGCUCUCCUAGCCUGGGAGGCCACCACGAACAUCAACUUGACUUCCAUAUCCAUCCUCUGAUUGCCACAGCGCGGAGCUCUGCAGCCUAACACGGGCCUUCCUACUCGACCCAGGUGCCAGUCCAACAGACUCCACGGCUGGAAAAGCUUGCCCCUGCCCAGUUCAACUGGGCCACAGCGCCCAUGGAUAAAGCGAUGCUGCCAAACCACCACGGACCGCCCGGGUCAUCCUACCAGCCGUCGCCCGAGCUCAACAAAGAUGGGCCGAUCAAGGAGGAAUCUUGGGACCAGACGAAAAAUGGAAAGAAAAAAAACUAUCAGCGCUACCCAAAACCACCCUACUCCUACCUCGCAAUGAUUGCCAUGGUCAUCCAAAACUCUUCAGAGAAGAAGCUUACGUUGUCUGAGAUUCUAAAGGAGAUCAGUACACUUUUCCCUUUUUUCAAAGGGAACUACAAAGGCUGGCGGGACUCAGUGCGACACAACCUCUCUUCCUAUGACUGCUUUGUUAAGGUACUGAAGGAUCCUGGGAAGCCCCAGGGGAAGGGGAACUUCUGGGCCGUGGAAGUGAGCCGGGUGCCGCUGGAGCUCCUCAAGAGGCAGAACACUGCUGUGUCACGCCAGGAUGAGACCAUCUUCGCCCAGGAUCUUGCUCCUUACAUCCUGCAUGGGCACCAACAUAAGCCAGAUGCGGAGCCCCCGGCCCCCCCACCACCAAUCAAUGUUCUACCCCGAGGACCCAUCACAACCCCCGCUCCCGGCCCCUCUUUCACCGCUUUAUCCCCCAUGCCCACUAGACAGCUCUCCCCCUCUCAGGAGGACCUGUACCGGCCCAAGCUGGACUCAUCCUUUGCCAUUGACUCCCUCCUCCACAGCCUGAGGCCGGCCAGCGAAGCAGGAGAACCCGACAGGGGCAGGGACUGCUGGGUGGAGCCCCACUCUCGUCCUUCCCCUCCUCCAUGCGCUCGCUACUCCUCCUCCGCCCGCAGCGCCUCAGCGAGCUCCGUCAGCCCCGCCUCGUCUUCCGAUGAGGACUGGAGGGGCGUGUCGCAAGGCGGGAAGCAGGUGCCCGAGGGCGAGGCGGGAUCAGACGGGUACGAGGACUGCAGACCCCCUCCACACAAGACUGCCCGCCACGGCUGCCCCCCUCCCUGGGAGCUUCCCACCUCAUAUGCCAAGUACACACCGCCCAAUGCUGUGGCCCCGCCCAGCAUGCGUUUUAACGGAGGCCCUCUGAUGCCUCUGGGCAUGCCUCUGUAUGGUUACGGAGGGUCUCCUGUCACAUCCAGCCAUUUUGUAGGUCAUGCCUACUGGCCCCUCUUACCCAGCGGGCGCCCUCCCCUCAUUAUGGACCUGGACACUAUGCUCCAGUCAGUACCGCCCAAUAAGAGUGUGUUUGAUGUGCUGGGUCCACCCAAUCAGUCGUCUCACCAGCCUGCUGGUCAGUAUGCCCUGCAGAGUGAACCCCCUCUCAGACGUUAUCCCCAUUAUUGA